AUGGCCGAUGAUGCUUGCGGUUCCUCUUCCAACCCUUUCAAGGGCUUGUCCCAGAAGGUGAACCAAGACCGAGCAAUUCAGCAGGACCGCGUCACCUCCAGUGUUCAGCAUGGACAGUCCUUCCGAUCAGCCGCGGCUCAGCCGGUCGCUGCCGGUCAGUUUGCAAGCUUUCAAGGUGCCGCCACCCCGCUGCCGGAGUUCAGUCCCGCGCCCCAGUUCAGUUCUGCUAGAAACGGAACUCAUCCAACCUAUGGUGCUCGCCUCCGGGCCGACCCCCCCUUUUGGAAUCAAGAUGGGGUUAUUCAGCCGGUUAUACCUCAGCAGUUUGGAGGACAGCAGCAUUCGGCAGUUCCUCAUGGAGGAUGGGUUCAGGAAUUCCAGGGCUUGAACUUGGGCGGCACUGCCGGUCCCAAUGUCUUCCAACAUGGUUGGCGUAGCCAGUUCAUCGGACCACCGGCCUUUGCGCCCAUCUCGUUCCAAACCCCGGCGGCCGUUCAUCCCCAGGCGCGACACCAAUAUGGCAUUACACCUGGUGUUCAGCAGCUUGCCUAUGACCCUCUCGCCGGUGUCAAUCAGUCGGCAAGCAAUGCCGAGUUCGACAAAGCCAUGAACCAGUGGAUGGAGCAAAACGGCUCCUCCCAGAAGAAGGAUGCAUCGGAGCAAGACACGGUCCCCAACUUUAAGGAUGAAUGGAACCGGUCCACCCAGAAGGAGGGUGAAAGACUCGUGAACCUGUGGCAAGCGGAUGUCGAGCGCAAGGAACAGAAGAAGAAGGGCCAGUCCGACGACGCCCAUCAACUCAUGGACCCGUCCGUCGAUACCCAUCGAUUUAUCGACCUGACCGAAGCCCCGAAGAUGGGCAAUUCUGACACCGCACUCGCGCAUGCCGCCCAACAGCUCGUGGACUCGGUCUCGGACAAUGAAAGCGAGAAGUUUAAGAACUCUGCCUUCCUUCGCGUCAUGCGACGGAUCGCAUCUCAAGAGCUUGCUGUACAAGAUAAUGACCUGGUCGAGACAGCGAGUGCGGGUGGCAGCCAGAAGCCGCCCACUGUCAAGGAGGAAGCCAACGAGUAA